UCUGGCGGAAGCCACAUAUCCCUGCAGCCUCAGCACCGGCUGAGUUUCAGAAAGAAGCAUUUGGAUUCUGUGAACUUUCUUCCAAGCAUCCUCUCUCUCUGAUUCCCCUUUUGGGUAAAAGAAAGGGCGCAGGGACCACAGGACGGGAAAGCACAGAAGAUGCUGGCCCGGGAUCCAGGAGACAUGGAGGAGAGGCCGGGGGAGGGGAAGAGCAGGGGAGGCAAUCUGUUCUGAAGCCAGCAAGGAGCGAGCAGGGAUUCCAGGACGAGGGAGGGAGACCCGCGUCUGCUGCAGAUUGAUGGCUGUGUCCUUGGAACCGAAGCGAGCAGCCUCCACCUGCUGAAUGCAGAGCUGUGUGAAGCAGGUGCUGGCUGGGAGAAGUAGCCAGAGCUCCUCCAGCUGACCCCCAGCCUGCACCUCAGGACUCAUGGCUGUGCCCAGCCUCGGAGGCCCAGACAGCAGGUGCCACUUGGGAUCUUCCUCUCCCUGGAGAACCAAGAGUCCCCCUGGAGAUUCCAGCAGCUGCUGAGGCUGAAGACCCCCAGGCUUUCAGGAGGCUCAUGGAGACUCACUUCCUCCCGGGCUGCCUUCCCAAAACACCCACUCCUGGACCCCCUUGGACUCAAGCCCACUGGGCCACCAGGAGAAAUGGCCUCUGAGACCUUGAAUGCUGGAGACCCAGGUGCAGCCCUGGCUUGCUAAUCAGCCCCAGACUUGGGGCAGGGCUUACGUUUUCUUAGAAGAAGUGCCAGGACCUUUAAAGGGCACCUUUCAUCUCCUUCAGCACCUCCCUCCCACCUCUCAGACACAGCACCGAGAGGAAGCACCCAGCAGGCAUGGAUGAGAAGGACACAAAAGAUCUGCAGGAACCCUUCCAGGGCCUGCCUGCAGUUGGUCCAGCCCCAUCCUUGUCCCCUUCCUUUCUCAAGUUUUGAUCAUCAUUUCAGACCCUGGGGGACCUCAGCUGGGUUUCUCGCCCCCUAGGCUCCAGAGGUGGACUUCCUGCGGAUCUCAGGAAGCCCUUUGGUGCUAAGAGGCUCCGGGAAGGGCUUGAGCCAUGACACCACGUGCUCGGAAGCCCCACCUUCAAGGGCUCUGGCCCCUGAUGUAGCUGCCUUCCUGUGUCGCUGGCUGUCGAUUCCACAAACACAGGCCCCAUGGGCUCCCUUCAGCACUGCUGCUGCCAGCUGCCUAAGAUGGGUGACACCUGGGCACAGCUUCCCUGGCCGGGGCCUCCCCACCCAGCCGUGCUGCUGAUCUCCCUCCUCUUGGCGGCCGGGGUGAUGCCCUCGGAUGCCGGCACCAGCUGCCCGGUCCUUUGCACAUGCCGUAACCAGGUGGUGGACUGCAGUAGCCAGCGGCUGUUCUCUGUGCCCCCAGACCUGCCGAUGGACACCCGGAACCUCAGCCUGGCCCACAACCGCAUCGCGGCCGUGCCUCCUGGCUACCUCACGUGCUACAUGGAGCUCCGGGUGCUGGAUCUGCGCAACAACUCCUUGACGGAGCUGCCCCCGGGCCUCUUCCUCCAUGCCAAGCGCUUGGCACACCUGGAUCUGAGCUACAACAACCUCAGCCACGUGCCGGCCGACAUGUUCCAGGAGGCCCACGGGCUGGUGCACAUCGACCUGAGCCACAACCCAUGGCUGCGGAGGGUGCACCCCCAGGCCUUCCAGGGCCUCGUGCAGCUCCGUGACCUGGACCUCAGCUUCGGGGGCCUGGCCUUCCUCAGCCUUGAGGCCCUCGAGGGCCUGCCAGGGCUGGUGACCCUGCAGAUCGGCGGCAACCCCUGGGUGUGCGGCUGCACCAUGGAGCCCCUGCUGAAGUGGCUGCGGAACCGGAUCCAGCGCUGCACAGCGGACUCUCAGCUGGCUGAGUGCCGGGGCCCCCCCGAAGUGGAGGGCGCCCCACUCUUCUCGCUCACCGAGGAGAGCUUCAAGGCCUGCCACCUGACCCUGAGCCUGGACGAUUACCUCUUCAUCGCGUUCGUGGGCUUCGUGGUCUCCAUCGCCUCCGUGGCCACCAACUUCCUACUGGGCAUCACAGCCAACUGCUGCCACCGCUGGAGCAAGGCCAGCGAGGAGGAAGAGAUCUGACACGGCCGCCUCCCGUCCCUCCGUGCCGCCCACGCCACUGCCGCCGACCGCCAGACCCUUCCCUGGCUGCCCGCUCUGCGUCCACGGUGCCCUGGCUGCCUCGGUUGUGGCCCGAGCAAGGUCCGGAAAGGAACCUCGUGUGAACGUCUGCUUUGAGCCAGGCACCGUGAGUGUCAGACAGCACUGGGAGUGUCAGAGGAAUCGACCUGUCCUGGCCCUCGAGGCUGUCACCCCUGGUAGACGAGAGAGAGACCCAAAAACUGUUCCCCUUGAGACGAUAUGUCAGGACUCUGAGCACACAGCUGUGUGGGCCCAAAGAGGUGGCCAUCGGCCGUGGCUAGCAAAGCCAAGAGAACUGCAGGAGUGGACUGAUUUGAGAGCUGGGUCAUCAAAAAGUGUCUACUUUGUCAACUAGACAAAGAAGGACGUCCGCAAAUGACAGGGACAGGAUACGCAUGGUGUGUUGAGAACAGCAAACAAUUCCUUGUCACUGAGGUGCACAGAGGGAGUGUGUCAGAGAACCAAAACUUGACACCCAAACUGGCAUCCCCCAGCACUGCCUCCAGGAAGUGAGGACGCCUCCACGCCAGCACCCGUGGCUCCUUCCACCAGCAGCUACUGGGUGAGACCAGCUCCCUGUGGCUGCCCCAUGCAGCAACGCCAGCUGUGGCCUGCUGCUGAGGUCCCAGGCAGCAGGCUGAGGACGGACACCUUCAGUGCCCUUUCUCCUGUCUCUCGCUCAAGCCGUGGCUUCGGCGGCGAGAGGCAGGAGGCCCAGCAACCGUCACAGCAAGAGUCCUGCCCCCCUGGGACCCCAAUCAGGUGAUUGUUCCUGCCACGGUGCUCACGCCAAAGGAUCUCACCAGGAAAGUACACUGUGAGCCCCAGACCCAUAGCCUGGCAGUACCCAGGGCUGCAGGAGGACAAAGCCACCGCAGCCAUGACAGUAGGAGCAUUUGCAUGUUCUUCUAAGCAACUCACCCAUUUAAGCAUAAGGGUGAGAGAGCUGUUCAUUACUGAACACUCACCGGUGUCAGGCACCGUGAGAAGCUCUCUCCACAGACAAUUCCCUUUAACACACACAACAGUCUUUCCAGGCGAACAUUGUUCCCAUUUUACAGAUAGGGCAAUUAAGGCUCAGAGAGGUUGAAGUCAUGCGCCACUUAAUGAGCAAGAUAAAGUCUGUGCUCUUUCCACUGCCCCAUGCAAGUUGGGGAGCAUCACAAUUCCCUCUCAAGUUCCAUACAUUCCACUUCAAGUAGUGCUGUAGAAGUUCCUAACAAGGGCCAGGCACUCCUCUGGGCACUUUUAUAUCUAUUGACUCAUUUAUUGCAGUUCUCACAGCAACACUGCCUGGUGGUUUUUAUUGUGCCCAUUUUACAGAUGAAUUAAUCGUAGAGAGUUGAGUGACGUACCCAAGGUUUUACGGUUAAACCCCAGAAGGAAGGGGAUAGGUGGCUCCAAUCAGGGAAACUGCGUCUAAUCAGUCAGUCAAAACUCAAGUAACUUUAUGUGCAAAGCACAAUUACCACCAUCGUUGUCAUCAUCUUCACCUUCAUUGUCGGUGUCAUUGGUGUCAUGGUUAUCUUCUCUGUAUUCGUUCGACAUUGGAUAGUUCGUGAAGUUCUUUUGCAUCAUUCGCCUUGACUUUUACAAUCCUGUGUGGGAGGCAGACCAAACAGCUGUAAUCCCAUCUUACAGAUGGGAAAAUAGAGGCUCAGGAUUGGGUACGACCUGCCUACGUGGCAAGGUUGGGACUCAACUCCAACAUGGUUCUCUUUCCAGUGCUUUCCCGGGUGCCUGGGGAAGAAAAUGUCUUGGAGGGCUGGGUGGCAGGGCCCCAGAAUUCAGCAGCCAUGAACGUGCUGGGAGGUCAGCUAAAUAUAGGCCAGCCAAACCCGGCUGCUGUACAGAUUUAGCUACGCUCAUGGCAGGUAGAGCAAGCCACAGGCUCUGAAACAGAGGCCACACAGGUACCAUCUGAACAGGAGAUACCUGCUUUACAGUGUGUAGAUAAAGCAUUACAACUGGUGGUCAUCAGGCAAUCAUGCAAAAAAAAAAAAAAAUGGGGGGGAAGUAGAAGAAGAAGCAGUAUUAACCACUCCUACUCGGUCCCUGCUAUGUUGUGUUGCAAGAGAUACCAAGGGAGCAAGAAAGCAGAGAACCCUGCAGCGUAGGGGAAGAACAUCAAGGUGCAGUCCAACGCACUGGCAAGGCUGGCCAGGAGGAGGAUUAAAGCAGGGGCUUUCUACCGUGUCCCCAGUGCCAGCAGUAUUCUGGCAGGCCUGAAAGGCGUGGAGGAGGACAACACGUCAGCUUCCAAGAAGUCCCCCCUCGCUCCUGCUUCCCUACGCUAGUCAACCAAAAGAGCCUUCAGAAACGUUGCUAGACCUGAGGUCUAGACUUGAACCUUGUGUCCCCUGAAUCUUGCUUACAACAUCUGGGCCAGAGCCUUGCCCCGUGACACCCAGAGCAGAACGGCACCCUGCUCUCUUCUGCCACAGCCCAGGGUGGUGGACUCAAGCCGUUCUCCACCAGCCAAGCUGACAGCUGAGAUACCUGGAGAGGAGCUUUUAGAAUUAAUAGUCCUGACAAAAUAGGAAAUAGCAAAGCUUCCCAUAGAGGGACACCAUAGUCAUCUAUAAUAAUCUCCUAGGGACUACUGUUUACUGAAAUAUAGUUAAUAUAUUUUAAGAUACGUACUUUUUAUUGCAUAGGACUAGAACCAGAUGAGACACUUAAUGCCCCUUGAGAUCAAAUGUCCUUUCUAGCGGGACAGUUGGGGCUCCAUUGUUGGCAAAUCUUUCUGAGCAGGAUACAUGGCUUUUAAGGGAUGGAUCUUUCUCCAGCUGCUAGAAGGUCCUCAGUUAACUAGAGCACAAUGAGGAAACUAUUUAAAGUCCCUACUGCCAAGGAAUUCCCUGCUUCUCCCACCACCUCCACCGCCUUGUUAGGCUAUCAGAAGCAAACGUCUAGAGGUAGACUAGCAAUCCGGGUUGGAUUGGCUCCUUCAUCCCUGGUGACUGCAAAGCCAUUGCGCUGUUCCCACAAGGCUGCGUUCGGUUUAUGUUACACUGGUUAACACAUAUGUGAUGCGGUAUCUCUGCAUCUGUAUGUCUAUGUGUGAGCAUCCUUUUAGGUUGGUUAUCUGCCAACAUGAGGAAGAUCUCUCUGGAAUGAGAGUUCUCUGACACAGUCUACUCAGCCAUGUAGUCCACUGGCUACUAUAUCAUUUGAUAGACUAAGAUGGGAACCCACCUUAGUUUAGGGUGGGGCUGGCUGCUCAGAGAAUAUAAAAAGGGAAAAAUUAGUGGCAGAGGCAUUCUGAUGAGAACCUGACUUCUGCUUGCCUACCUCUGUCCUCUCCUGCCCUUCAGAGACGUGUCCUGGUUGCAGAAGCUUCCUUUGCAUAGUCCCGAGGACAUCACAGUUUAGCUAACCAACGGGACUCUAACGGUAAGGUUUGGGCCAAGAGAAUCCUUCCAUAGAAAAGCCCCCCUAUCUUAACCACACCCAUCUAGGCCAGUUGCCCCUAGUCACCCUCAGACAAACCCUCGUCUCUAUUUCUGCUACGGGGAUGCCCAGGGAAACAUGCAGAAACAGGUACCCAGAGUUGCUAUGAAGGUUCAUGGCUCCUUUCAAGGAGCUACACGUAUGAAACGUGAACAGGUCAAGACAGGUGUUCCUCUGCGACUAUCAGGAAGGACCUGUAGUCCCGUGUUCCCAUAGAUGCCUUUGCUGACAUCUUUUCCAGCGGUAGAAGAACGUAAGGGGAUACCUUCAUCCAUUUUUCAAAAGGACAUCUUUCCAAAGCUAAAGAAGCUCGUCUGCUCAUCCCCAGCCCAGGAGGAGGCAAAAGGGACAUGAAGGAGGCACGUCACAAGGUCCUUUGUGAGUCAUUCCGUGUUUGCCACAGCACUGGGUAGAGAGCUGGAUCCACAGAGAUCUGAGCUUUCCCAAGAGCUGUCCUGCAGAGUGCUAAUGUCUGGGGAUGGGAGGGUUAGGGAGGGCCCGGGAUGAAAGGGAAGAUGCCAACCUUUGUAUGGAGAUGAUUUUAUAACCAUGCACUUUUGUAACCAUGAAAAAUUUUUUCAUAAAUGUACAUGAAUAAUAAAGAGUGUAUAGUUUAA